AUGGCUUUCAAAAAAAGGAAGUUGCAUAAACCGGUUGAAUUUGUAGCCAUGUAUCCAGGAAAAUUUCAAACCCUGGAACAUUCUGACAUAAAGGGUGUUCUCAAGCGCCUUAAUCAAUGGG